GUAUGUUGACGUCAUUUCCUGAUAACAUGUCCUGCUGUUAAAGAAAGAGCUAACAGAUGAGAACACACUUUAUUUUUACAAACCUGCUGUAAAUAGCGGGUUGUCGUUCGGUCUGAUCUCUCUCAUAUCGUAGAGGAAAAAGCGCAGCUGCUGUUUAAAGAGCUGUUCAGUGACUUUGGUGAUUAGAAUUUUGGGAUGAGCGAUACUUGUCGAGGAAGUAUCCCAGCUGGCUAGCAGACUUAGCUAGUUGUUAGCAAGGGAGUUCUUUGUUUUGUAUUUCAGAGAACAUGCACAGAAAUUGUUGUUGACAUUACUGAGGUGUAUGAUCGUUAUGGACAGGAGACAUCCGGCGACAGCAGCGUUGUAAAAUCAGAUAUUAACGGAGUAGCUUGUGAUACGUGGUCAAACUUUAGAAAGAACAGUUUCGGGUUCUCCGCUGGACAAAGGCAGACCAUGGGAAACUGUCUCAAGUCUCCGACAUCGGACGACAUCUCUCUGCUCCAUGAGUCCCAGUCGGACAGGGCCAGUUUUGGAGACGGGAUCGACCCUGACCUAGAGCCACCUCCACCUUAUCAGGAGCCAGCUCACAUGCCGCUGUACCACCCCACGCCCAGUCAGACCCGCCUGGCCUCACAGCUGACGGAGGAGGAGCAGAUCCGCAUCGCUCAGCGCAUCGGCCUCAUCCAGCAUCUCCCCAAAGGGGUCUUCGACGGAGGCCCAGACGGCUCGGAGAAGAAGAUCAGAGAGUGUGUGAUCUGCAUGCUGGACUUUGUCUAUGGUGACCCCAUCCGGUUCCUGCCCUGUAUGCACAUCUACCACAUGGACUGUAUAGACGACUGGCUCAUGAGGUCCUUCACCUGCCCCUCCUGCAUGGAGCCUGUGGAUGCUGCCCUGCUCUCCACCUACGAGACCAACUGAAUACACAUUCCCCUUUCUCUGUUAGCUCCAAUAUGGCCGCUCCUCCCAAAACACAAGCCCCUAUACUCCCCUUAUCCUCUUGUACAGCGACAAAAGAGGAACAAAAAUGUCUUUGCUGUUGUCUUGCACUUUCAAAAAUGUUGGCCUUCUCUGCCCCUCAUCUCCAUUUUAAGAAAUAAUCAUAAAAAUAAGCUGGUCUUGCAUUUAAAGUCCACUAUUCGGUAAGAAAGUGCUUCCAGACAACUGUGCAUGAUUGUCAGUGUGUAGUUGUGAAAUUGUGUUUGCAGUGAAGGGACAUGAGUGUGAGAAUGUACUGGAGGACUGUGGAACUGCCCACCCGAGCCGGCCUCAGGGGGGCGCCUCACACAUCCCAUAAACCACUUACAUUCCCUGUUAUGUGGCAGUUAGAAGGCUGUAUGUUGAUAGACGAGCUUCACAGUUGAUCCCGUCUCCCGUCAUGCCAUUGGUGUGGAGAGUCGGAUGUUUUUUGAAGAUCACUACUUAAGGUACUUAGCUUUUGGUCUGGAUAUCCUUGUUAGCAUUAUUGUCCAUGUUCACAGAUGUUUUUGCUGGAGGUUUUGCUCUUUGUCAGUUACAUUUAUAUAUAACAUAAAGAAAUCAAAAGCCUAAGUAAUGCAUUAUACAGAACAAUAUUGAUAUUAAAAACUAAAUGCAAACAAUAUUUAAAAUGCUAUUCUCAAAACAUAAACCUUUCUCUGGAUUUCUUUUACUACAUUUUUUUUCAGACCAAGUAUUAGUUUGUUUUCAUGCCUGAUCGUUUCGACUUCUCACUGGCGGGAUUCCUUUAAACCAGGAUGAGGGGCCCUUUUUGCUCUCACAGACCUGAGAUAUUGACCUGAAGAAGUCUGACUGCAGAUGGCACUGCCUUCCUGGUUCCAACCAUAAACUGUACCUAUAUAAAUGGACAUAGCUAACCUGCUAGCCGUUGCAUUUCAAUCAGGAAGUGGUCAUGGGUGCACUUCUGGCUCCAUCGACUCUGGCUCUCACUUUACAUUAGAAAAUUGUGUCCCCUCUCUCUAUAACUGCUGCUGUCAGACUCGUCAUUUUGGCUUUAAAUUGUUCGUAUUAACCUGCUCUAUGUGAUCCUGGGGUUUUUAUUUCGCUAUUGUGUCUGUAAAUGAAGAUAUGAACAUUAAUAACAGACAAAUCAGCUGCCUUCUUUAACCGAGGUUGCUCCUGCUAGUGUUAGCAACAGGUCUGUUUGACAGCCUUACUAAGCUUAGAGAAGAGGCCUCACUCCGAUUGGCUCUUCGAUUGCACAUCUACUUGCGGUUGGAAUUCCAAAUAUGGAACUCUGCUCCAAAUUGGCCGCUAUAACUGCUAGCCUCGAUGAGCUUCAUUUGACUGGAGUCGAAUGCUGUGGGUGAUGUCACACUCACUUAGUCCACUUCUUUAUACAGUCUAUACCUCCACCAUUAGAAAGACUGCGCUACAACCUGUUUAAAUCAGCUGACCGGACACGUCACAGCUAACAUCACAUAACCACUCUGAGGUGCUAGUGAACUCCAAACUGUCAGGGAUGAAAGCAAACUAAACCUUGGUCUGGAAAAAUCUUGAAAUGACUUAUCAGGAGACCAGAUGAACCUCGUUGGACUGUCUCUGGGUCCUCUGAGAGAUAACGUCUGCUUAUGUAUGUGUCUGUAGCCCAAAGUCACAUUCAUUUUUGAUCUGAUGUAGUAUAAUGUGACAUUAUAGAGAAUCGCAUUGAAAAGACCACUGGUGUAUUGACUUAUGCAACCAAAUCCUGUAGCCAAAUUGUCUCUCAACAUACAGUCAUAACCAUUUUGAUCACUUCUAAACAGACGAUUCACAAAAGAACUAAACAACGUCAUACACUGAACUCGUUUAUCGCAGUGACGAAAUUACAAUAUUAUGCACAGACAGAAGAAGGUAAUUAACCCAAAGUUGAAGUUGAAGGUAAAAACCAGUGAUGUUGCAUGAAUGUUUUUACUGAGCGCGUGUAAAGUCAGGACAAAGGGCUCAUUCGUGCAUGAGCAGGCUAACAUUACAACGCUUGCACACUCUUUCAACUCAUCCAGAAAAUUGCACUUUACUCAUAGGACAGUAUCUAAAACAAUAUUAAUAUAUGUACUUAUAACCUUGCACUAUUUAAACAAUUUUUUUUUUCCUGAAUUGCAAACAUGGGACAGCUGAUAGAACUUUGUCACUGUAAAAGAAUUCUGGUGUUGUUAUGAACAUGCUCAAAAAGUCUAUUGUAAAUCAGUGGGACAGAGGCUUGAUGCUUGUUUUGUUUUGUUUUGUGGUGUUCGCUCGUCCUAACUUUGGGCCGUAUACAUCUGACCAAUCACAAGAAAGUAGUUUAGACUCACCAAUAUGUAUUUUAGUAUCUGGUUAGUUUUAUUUAUCUUUUAUUUCUAGACGGAGAGCCCAGUGAGAAGACAGUCUCAAUACAGACAAAUACUAACAAAAGAACAAAAUGAUUCAGGUAUAUAAGUGUACGUGUGAACAGAAUGUUGGCUUAGAGACUAGGUUGUACGAAAUCAUCUAAAAAUAUAGUUCACAUUCAUAGUAGUUGGGACAGAGAUUGUCGGUCAUAGUGAAACAUCAUCAUAUAUACGCUACCAGUCAAAAGUUUGGACACACCCUCUCAUUCGGUGCAUUUUUUCAUUAUUUUUACUACUUUCUACACUUUAUAUACACACAGAAGACAACAAAAAUAUGAAGCAAGAUAUAUGGAAUUAUGUAGUGUAGAAAAAAAGUUAAAUAACUACAAAAUAUUUUUCGACAAAGCAAAGGGUGCAGACUUUGAGGAUUUGAAUAUUUAAAAAAAUGUAAAAAAUGAAUAUUAAAAUAAACUUUUUUCUCUCUGCUACAUAAUUCCAUAUAUCUUACUUCAUAUAUUUGGUGUCUUCUCUGUGUAUAUAAAGUGUAGAAAGUAGUAAAAAUAAAGAAAAAACUGGUCCACUCAGACUUGGUGUUUUAAGUUUUACAGCUUAAAAUCACAAAAUAAUUCAUAUUCUUUAGGACUUAGCGCGUUACAGGCCCUGAAUUUCUCAUUGUCUGUUUAAAUCCACAACAAAAAUCUGAUCAUGAUCUGAUUUCUGGAGUUACACAGUUCUAUCUGAUGUGUGCAAUAAGCCUGUCACCAGAACACAUUUUGAAGUUUGAUAUAUCACUGAAGUAAAUCUAGACAAUAAACGAUAAUAUUGAAACCCAUUUACGCCACUGACACAAAAACCCAAGCGCAGAUUUAAACCACAAAAACUAUUCUAAAUCUAUAAUAUUUUUAAAAAUCAUGAGCUGCAAAAAAUAAACAGUAAAAUGAAACACUUUAGUCAUUAGUUUGAGUCUGGAAUGAGUCAGGCAAGUUAGGAAUUCAACCUUUUUUACAACUUAAACCUCAUCAUAUAGACAAAAAUUAACCAAACAUUUCCCAGUUGUGCAAAGAAAGAGUAACACGAUAAAAAUUUCCCCCAAAAAAAUAUAGUUCCAGCUUCAUAUAUAGAACGAGAAGUUGAUAUAGUGAUUAUAGUAACAGGUCUUGUAAGUAAUUUCCAUCUGAUUGUUCACAUCUCUGCAGGUUUUGGCGAGAAAAAUUAUGCAAAAAAAGCUCAAAAUAAUUAGGCAAAAACAAAAGAGAAAAGGUUUAAGAUGGAAAGAGAGACUUUGUCUUCCAAAUACAAGUUACUCUCAAAACCCAAUGUGAACCCAAAUUUUAAAUCACGAUAUAUCGCUACAGAGAAAUAUCUCUAUAAAUGAUAAUAUUGAAACUGAUUUAUGUCACUGAUUAAGAUUCAAAUAAUGCAAGAUAAUCCCAGUGAACUAUUUUAAAUAAACUGUUUCAUUAAAAGACAUGAGCGGCAGCAAAUAAACCACAGAAUGUACCAAUAAUUAGCCAUAAAACAGACUAACUCAACUUUUUAUUUUGUUUCUUAAUUUAUACAGGGUGACCCAAUCAUGGGCGCCCUGUUUAACAUACAAUACAAGCAGAAAAACAAAACUAACGAGUUAACAAGUCCGUAUAAAAUAUUAAAAACAGGUGUGUGUGUAAACGUUUGUUACCAGAACCCUCCGCCGCUUAAAUCUUAUUAGAUCGUAUUAGAAUAAAAACACCCCAAAUCUCCCACUUUUGCAAAGAAAAGGAACUCAUGAAAAAUACUAAGGCCUAAAAUAUGUUGUUUCAGCUUUCAAAUACUGAACGAUAAGUCGAUGUAAUCAUUAUCGUGACAGACCAAGUAAACACACACCAAAACUUCAAUCGAAAUACUGCGUUUUCUGAUUAUUCUACUGAUGUGAUUUUUACUGGCCAGCGUUACGUUUUUUGUUUGGUUUUGAUUUUGGUCAGUGUGUCUCAUAUCCACUGCACAACCCUCUGUCCCUUUGAAUUCCAGUGUGUGAGGAACUCUAUCUGUUUGUACUAUUCCCACUGUUGUGUUAGUCAUCUUAAUGGUUUCUUAUAGUCCCUGUUACGUUUCUUUUAGUUCCUUUCCUGAACCAUUACAGAAUAAAGCAGAAAUGUACUACUGU